CUUAAAAAUAAAUACAUUCAUUCAUUCGAAAAUGGCGGCCGAUUUAUAUGCCGUAACGCCGGUUGAAAUGUGUUUUUCAGUCGUAUUUAAUUAAAAAGUGAGACCAAUGUUUCUCUUUUAUAAUGUCAAAACAAGGAAAAAGAAAAAUUACUGUCGAAUUACCGAAAUCAAAAGAUCUAGCCAACAGACCUAGUGUAUUUGAGCGCCUCGGUACCAAGAAAGCAGCUAGUGCUAAAAAAACAACUGAACAUUGUAGACAGUGGGCACAGCACGGUAGUUGCGCUUACGGUAAAAAUUGUAAAUUCGCUACUACACACACGUUGAUUAGUCCAUCUAAGCAACGGGCUGCAAACAAGGAUAGUGAUCAAAAACGUGUGAUUAAAGACGACGGUAAGAAUAGACUGCAUUCGACUGUGGUAGUGAGGCGUAGUCCAGACGGUGAAAUUGAUAACUGGGAUCAAAAUGACCUGGAGUAUGCGGAUACGGAUGUGCUUGAAAAAAGGAGGCUGCAGUUGCAGCGUGAAUUAGAGUUGCAGCUGAAAAUGGAUUCUGGUAAAGACAUGAGGAAAGAUAAAAAGAAAACGGUAUCGAGCUCCUCGUCUUCGAGGAGUUCUAGUUCUUCUAGCGUAUCCUCUUCGUCCUCAGAUGGCAGUACGUCAUCUUCGUCUUCUGGAAGAGAUGCAAGACGUAAGGGCAAAAAGAUAAAAUUAAAAAGAAAUUCUAGUUCUUCAUCUGAUGGUGAUGCACCAUCUAAAAAGAAAUUUCUAAAGAGUGGGUCUGUUAAAAGAGACAAAUGUAAUGUGAAGAAAUCUAACUUAAAGAAAGAUGACAAGCUUUUGAAAAAGCAUGAGGCUGAUAAGAAGAAAGCACUAUCAAAAGCAGUUAUUGGGAAGAAAUCCUUAUCACCUGGUAAAAAGUCAGGUGGGACACCUCCAAUAACCACAAAAACCCUUGCAAAAGGUACUUCAAAGCACAGUAAAUCCCCACAAAGAAGAGAUAGGAACCGGAGCAUUUCUCCACAUUCUGCUAGAGACCGUGAUAAAGACAGAGAUCGAAAGGAAAGGGAAAAAGAUAGGGAUAAAGACCGAGACAAAGAAAGGGACCGUACUAGAGGAAGAAGCAGAUCACUUAAGAAAGGCAGAUCUAGAUCACCUCGAAGACAUGGAUCACAUUCUAAAGACCCUAGACGAAAAGAAAGCUCAGAAAGAAGUAGGCCAGUCUCUCCAAAAAAACAAGUUAGGAGGGAUGGUAGCUCUGAGAGGCACAGAAAGAGUUCUCCCAGUAGAGAUAGAGGCCGUGACCAUAAAGACAGAUCAACCGAAAGAAGGAAAGAGAAACAUGAUGAUAAGGAUAGACAUGAUAGAAAAGACAGGGGAAGAGAAAGAAACAAAGAGCCAAAAAGAGAUGAUGGCAAAAGAAGGGGGCGUGAAAGAGGCUUAGGAGGCAGAGGGGGAGCUGAUAAGGGUUUGGAAAAACCAAACAAACCUAUGGAAAGACUCCUUCCUAGGCCAGAGGAAAGGUUAGCUGCUCUUGCAGCAAUCUCAAACAGAGCCCUUGAGGCAGAUAAAAAUUCGAGCACUUCUAAGGAGAGACAAGAUACUCAUUCUGAAAGGGGUGGGCGCAAACAGGAUAGACUUGAAAGAGAUAGAUCCAGUAAGAGAGAUAGGAUGGACAGUAUGGAUAGAGAUCAGGCAGAUUAUGAAAUGGGCAUGGAUCGUCAGUAUGAUGAUAUGGAACACUAUGAUAGAGUAGACGAUCGGUAUGAUGGUCCUAGAGAUGAUGACAGAUCACCUGGAUAUGGCAUGCAAGGUAGAGACAGACAUUAUGAUUCUGGGUAUGAUAUGGGGGGGCCACCCAGAGGUUAUCCUGAAGAUGACGAUAGAAUGUUUGGUGAUCAUAUGGGUGAUCACAGAGGUGUUGAUAUGGGAUAUGAUGAUAGGCGUCCGCACCGCGAUCGUUCGUGGGAAGGCCGGUCAGGCUCCAUGGAUCGCGAACGCGGCUACAUGCAUCCACACAAAGAAUGGGACAAUGAAGACUAUCGUGCGGGCGGAGACUGGGGUCGGGAGAGACAUUGGCCCAUGCGUGAACCACAGAUGAACGAGUGGGGUGAUAAGGACAUGGAAAUGGAAGGCUGGCAUCACCGCGGCCACCCGCCGGGGCCGCACCGUGGUCGAAUGCACGAUGAUUAUCGUGGGAUGCGAAUGCGCAAUGACAGGCGUGGACCAAGGAACGAAGCCUCGCCUGCGGCAAAGGAAACCCCACCUCCCGCUCAAACUGCCACCGCCCCACCUCGCCAAGAGGCAGAAGUCGACGACAAACCUAUACCUGAUGACCUAAGCGAAAUCAGUGACGAUCCUGAUGAUAUUCUCAACAGAGAUGAUAUGGGUGAUCAAAAUUUGGACGAAGACAGUCAAACUGCUGCACCUACAGAUGAAGGAACUUCAAAGCCUGAAUGCUCAGAGAAGGAAUCUACACAGGAUACUAGUGGUGCUGCAGAAGAAAAAGAAUCUCAGGAUCCUAAAGAUGAAGAAGAUGUCACAAAUCUAGACUUUGAAGAGAUAUCUGAUGGGGAAUUGGAAGAAGAACGAACUCGAGCUGGUUUGGGAGAUGCUCUGGGCGUAGAUUGGGCAAGUCUGGUAGCCGACGUGCGUCGUCGCGAACAAACCGCUCCUGUUGGUGGGGCACGCGAUCGCUGGCGGCCCGAGAGAGUACUCGCUCGUCUCGGUCUCUCAGUAAACAUGGCUGGCAAGAACACUGUUCAAGACAUUCUACAAAAGAAUGCCGAAAGCCAAGAACCUAUACCUGAUAAUAAAGCAGACAAUCAGGAUUCUGAAAAUCCUGAAAUCAAAACUGAACAAAAUGGCAACCUGGAAGAAGAGGAGGUGAAAAUAGAACCAAAACCAACCCCAGAUGUGAACUCUUUACAUCCAGUUGCUGUUAUACAGGUGGCCAUACAAAAGAGGAAGAAGCAGCGUGCUGUGCUCUUUGGGUCAGGUUGUGAGAUAACGCGAGGGCUCAGUGCACGUCGUGACCUAGCCUUGCGGCGAUUUCUGUGCCACCUGCCUGUGGCGGAGCGCACUGGGCAGUCGCGGGUCGUGCCCCAGCCAUCCCUCUUCCAGGCAGCUCGUGCUUUGUUAAUGCAAGCGUCUGUUACCGGCUGACAAAACACUAACCUGGACAAGUGAACAAAAAACAGAAAACCAUUGUGUGCAAUAUUGCAAAUUUCUAAUUAGAUUAAAUAUUGACUUCAGAAUCAUAUGAGUAUGUUAUUGCUAUAAUUUAUAAAGUGAAAUUGCAGUGAGCCAUGGUACAAGCUAUGAAAGAUUAAAAUUCCAGAUAUGGUGUGAAAAACUUUACUAAUAAUUUAAAACUGAACUGAACUCACUGAGUUCUCGGGAUGGAACAUUCAAGGAAUAACAAUUCCUUAGUGUAAUUUAUAGUGAACUUUUGUGUUAAGUGUACUCUAUACCAUUAUACAUAUAAAGAUUAACAUUUCUCAAUGUCAAUAAAUAUUUUAUUAUUUAAAAUAAAUUUUAUAGAAAUAUAA